GGGGCUGUGCCCAAAGGAAAUGCCACUAAAGAAUACAUGGAUAAUUUGCAGCUGAAACCAGGAGAAGUGAUCUACAAAUGUCCCAAGUGCUGUAGUAUCAAACCUGAGCGUGCCCACCACUGCAGUAUUUGCAAGCGCUGCAUCCGAAAGAUGGAUCACCACUGCCCCUGGGUGAACAAUUGUGUGGGGGAGAAAAAUCAGAGAUUUUUUGUUCUGUUUACGAUGUACAUAGCCCUGAUUUCAGCUCAUGCUCUUGUACUCUGUGGAUUUCAGUUCUUCUCCUGUGUCCGAGGGCAGUGGACUGAGUGCAGUGACUUCUCCCCACCUGUAACUGUGAUCCUGAUGAUCUUCUUGUGCCUUGAGGGUUUUCUGUUUCUCACUUUCACUGCAGUCAUGUUUGGCACCCAAAUCCACUCAAUAUGCAAUGAUGAAACGGAGAUUGAGAGACUGAAGAGUGAAAAGCCAACAUGGGAGCGCAGGCUGCGCUGGGAAGGGAUGAAAUCUGUGUUUGGGGGCCAGCCCUCCCUGCUGUGGAUCAACCCCUUCGCAGGAUUCCGCAUCAGGAGGCUUCUGCUGCGAGGGAAGAAAGGAGGACCUGAGUUUUCUGUUUGAGUCUAAAGAUGCUGGAACUUGCAAGAAUCCUAUAUAGUAUUUAUUUUGGGGCCAGAGAAGGCUGUCUGCAUAUAAUCUGUGACCAGGUGAAACUGAUAUCAGACAUUUGCUUGUAGCAAGCAGAGUUUUCUACGUUUAUCGUCACAGACAUCUCAUUAAUUCUGAGACAGGAACUGGAUCUGCCAUGAUCUUCACAGCAGGAUAAGCACGUGGUCACACUAAAGAAGCCAAAUGUUGUCAUGCUACUGUAAUUUAUUUUCUGAGAUUACUUCCCUAUUUUUUUGUUUUAAACCCUUUUUAUUUGAUAAAUGUCUGGGGAAUUAAUUACCUGUGUGUUUUUAUAAUGAGUCUAAGUCCUUGGAUGCAGUUGUCAAUCAUUAGGAGGAGCCUUGUGGUGGAAGUUGAUCUCCAGUGAGACACAGCCUUCCUUGUCAGUGCAGAUUUCAGGGAAUUGUGCUUUGUUCUGUUCUCCUUUCUCUUUCAGCAGAGCUGUCCCUGUGUGUCCCACACACGUGCAGGUGGUGCCCAGCACUGUCACACCCUGCCCAGGCUCCCUAAAGCAUGGCCUGUGUUUGGCAGUGCCCAUCCCAUCUGGCAUUUAGGGAAAGGCUCAAUUUUCACUGCCUGGGCUUCAAUUCCUGCUCUGGGAUGUGCAUUUCCAGUUCCACCUGCUUUGAUUGCAGAGGAGCUCAGGUGUGCACUGUGCAGGGAUGAGUGGCACCAGUGUCCUGCAGUGUGAGGUGACACUGAGUGACAAACUGGGGGUCAUUCACUGCAAACACUUUGUCCUUGUAGGGUCUUGCUCUGCCCCUUUUUUACUGUACAGACCCUUCAUAGAGGGAAAGCUGUUCAUGAUCCCUUGGACAAAGACAGCAGAGAAAGAGGCAACUUCCCUCCUUUCUCAAGUACAGCACAUCUUAAAUGUAGAAACAUCUGCAAUAUUCUUUUGAAUUUAACCAUUUCCAACCAAAACUACUUUGAAGAAACGAGAGCAAUAUAGAUCUAGAACUGCUUUAUGUGGGCCUGACAAACAACAGUAGUGCUAAAAAAUGUUCAUAAAUCUGCAAGUAAUGAAAUGCAAGCUGCAAGUAAUAAAAAUCCAGCUAAAAGUUGAUUCUUUAAAAAUGACAUUUAGACUAUUUUUUGUAUUAUUGUUAACCUAUAAAUGACUGACCAUGUAAAGGAUAAAGCAGGAGCCUUGAUGCAUAGCUUGAAAUCGUGCCUAGAAAGUAAAUAGCUCCCUGUUUUGGGACUUGCCUUAAAAUUGUCCUGUUCUUGCUUUUGCUCAGCCAGUGGCACUGGUGACCUGUCCCACCUGCAGCAGCUCAGAGCUCUGCAUUCCACCCUUUGUGCCCUGCAGGAGCUGUUUCCUUUCUCAGUGCCCUGCUGCUCCAUCUCCUCUGCAUCCUGCUCCCAGCUCCAUCCGUUUCUGUUCCAUGGCGUGGCUGAAGGCACUGAGGGAUCCAUUUCUUGCCUGUGCCCUGUGAACAAAACCGUGCAAUCCUCUGGGGUGUUUUCACUUUGCUUUCUGGGGAGGGUGGUGGUGUGGAAUGCUGGAGCCUUCCUGGGUGGAAAUCCACUGGAAUUGCAGUCCUGUGAACAAAACUGAGGGGGAAGCUGGAAAUUCCACAGGAUUCUGUGCAGAUUCAGUUGCACAUCUUAAAGAUUGGGGAGGAAAAAAAGGUGUCUGGCUUUGUCCUGAGGCUCUUACUGUGUAAAUUGUUCAAUGGGAAAAUCAGAAAAUAGCAAAAUAGCACUCCAGGUGGUUGGACCCUGUGACUUGGCAAAUGUGUGCGUGUGAAAUCCGGUUUACUCGGCUUUUCAAAUCCUUACCUUGUAAUUUUUUUUUUUUUAUGUAAAAAAGAAUAAACUAAUGAAUUGAAGUCUUAGUUGAUUAA